GGUAUUGAUCAAUAUUUGCAUUGUAGUGAAUCAAUUCCCCAUGGCUAUCUUUAGUGCCUUUUCCAUCUUUGCCACUUGUUUAGCUCUUGGAUUUCUUGUGACAAUGCCAAUAGGGGGAGAAUCUAUUGGAGUUUGCUAUGGUAGGCUUGGCAAUGAUCUACCUCAACCAAGUGAUGUUGUGGCUCUCUAUAAGUCCAAGAAUAUUGGAGCUAUGAGAAUCUAUGACCCUUAUGACGCUGCCCUUCAAGCUCUAAAAGGCUCUAAUAUUGAACUCAUCCUUGAUGUCCCUAGUAAUGAUGAUAAUAAUGAGCUUCAACGUUUGGCUUCUGACUCAUCAGCAGCAAAUGACUGGGUUAAAAACAACAUUGUAUCUUAUUGGCCAGAUGUUAAAUUCAAGUAUAUUGCAGUUGGCAAUGAAGUUAUCCCUGAAAAAGAAAACUUGAUGCAAUAUGUGCAACCAGCCAUGCAAAAUAUCUACAAUGCAUUAUCUUCAUAUGGACUUCAAGAUCAAAUUAAGGUUUCAACUUCUGUUUCCUUUAGAGUGGUUGACUCAACAUCUCCUCCUUCUCAUGGUGUGAUUGCUUCUGCUGCACAACCAAGCAUGGUACCCAUCAUCCAAUUCCUUAGCAAGAUAGGAGCUCCUCUCUUAGUUAAUGUGUAUCCUUACUUCAGUUAUACAGAGAAUCCUGACAAAAUUAGUAUUGACUUUGCCCUAUUUACUUCUCCUAAUUUUGUGGUAAAUGAUGGAUCUUUGAACUAUCAGAACCUAUUUGAUGCCAUGGUUGAUUCAUUGUAUUAUGCUUUAGAGAAGUCUGGUGGAUCCAAUGUAGGUAUUGUUAUAUCUGAGAGUGGUUGGCCUUCUGCUGGUGGAGAUGCAGCUAGCAUAGAAAAUGCACAGACUUAUAACCAGAAUUUAAUUAAACAUGUGGGGCAAGGAACACCAAAAAGACCUGGAGCAAUAGAGACUUAUAUAUUUGCAAUGUUUAAUGAGAAUAAUAAGGGACCAGAGGAAAGAGAAAAGCAUUUUGGACUUUUCUAUCCUGAUCAAUCUCCUGUUUAUCCUAUUAAUUUUUAGUAUAUGAACAAUACUGUUAUUACUGUAUCAUAUAAUAAAGAUUGUGGUAUUUAUAUCACAUAUUUAUUUGAAUAAAUAAUUAGUUUUUGGGUGUACCA